AUGAACCCAGGUCUCUACGCCGAUUUAACCAAACCAACUGCUGAUUUCAUCAAAAAGGAUUUCGCAGAAACCUUCAAACUCGAUACCACCUUCAAAGGCAAAUAUGGUUCAAUUGUUGCAGUCACUGAUAUUAAAGACAGUGGUGUUGUUGCCUCAAUUCAACCAAAAGCUGAUUUCACCAAAUAUCUCGGUAAAGUCUCAAAUGGUAACUUUACUGUCGAUACCAAUGGUGUAAAGAAAGGUGAAUUCACCAUUGAAAAUAUUAUUCCAGGUUUAAAAGCCGUCGCCAAUGGUGAUUCAAAACAAAAUUUCUCAACCGAAUUCCAAUAUAAAAAAGAUAAAAUUGCUUUCACCCUUUUUGGUCACAACAAUAAAUCCUUCAACACUUCAUUAGCUUUCCUCAUUAACCCAACUUUCUCUGUUGGUGUCCAAGCUGAAGGUAACGCCAAAAACACCCUCAAAAACGUCAACGCCACCAUCACCAUCAGACCACGUCCAGACGUCUUUGUUUCAAUCGUCGAUAGAUUCAUGGAUAAACAAAUCCUCUUAUCCACCCUCUACACUGCCACCUCAAAAUUAUCCUUUGCUGGUGAUGUUACUGUCGACCUCAAAGCCUCUGAAAAAGCACCAUCAUUCAACGUUGGUACCCAAUACAAAAUCGAUUCCGCCAGUCUCCUCAAAGCUAAAGUUAACAACAACAGAAAAGUUAACAUCUCUUACAUCUACAAUACUAGCAACAACACUAAAUUCGUUUUAGGUUGGAAUGUCAAUACUAAAAACUUUAAACAAGGCAAUACUUUUGGUGCUACUGUUAACUUAACUCUUUAA